UGAGCCGAAGUCGUGCCGGGUGCGGUGAGGAUUUCCGGAGAAGAUGGGGAGAAAAAAGAUCCAGAUCCAGCGGAUCACGGACGAGCGCAACCGGCAGGUGACCUUCACCAAGCGCAAGUUUGGCUUGAUGAAGAAAGCCUACGAGCUGAGCGUCCUGUGCGACUGCGAGAUCGCCCUCAUCAUCUUCAACCACUCCAACAAGCUGUUCCAGUACGCCAGCACCGACAUGGACAAGGUGCUGCUCAAGUACACCGAGUACAACGAGCCCCACGAGAGCCGGACCAACGCAGACAUCAUCGAGACGUUAAGAAAGAAAGGUUUUAACGGCUGUGACAGCCCAGAGCCCGACGGCGACGACUCCAUAGACCAGAGCCCCUUGAUGGAGGAUAAAUACCGCAAAGGCAGCGAGGAUCUGGAUAUCCUGUUCAAGCGAUACGGUUCCACAGUGCCCGCUCCGAACUUCGCCAUGCCCGUGACGGUGCCGGUGACCAACCAGAACACGCUGCAGUUCAGCAACCCGGGCAGCUCGCUGGUGACCCAGUCCCUGGUGACCUCCUCGCUGACAGACCCCCGGCUCCUGUCGCCGCAGCAGCCGGCCCUGCAGAGGAACACGGUGUCCCCAGGGCUGCCACAGCGGCCAGCCAGUGCAGGGGCGAUGCUUGGGGGAGACCUGAACAACACGAACGGAGCCUGCCCCAGCCCCGUGGGCAACGGCUACGUCAGCGCCCGAGCCUCCCCGGGUCUCCUUCCCGUGUCCAACGGCAGCAGCCUGGGCAAGAUCAUCCCGGCCAAGUCGCCGCCGCCGCCCGCGCACGGCGCGCAGCUGGCCGCCAACAGCCGCAAGCCGGACCUGCGUGUCAUCACCUCGCAGAGCGGCAAGGGGCUGAUGCACCACCUGACCGAGGACCACUUGGCUCUGCAAAACACACAGCGGCUGGGUGUCUCUCAAGCAACUCACUCUCUGACCACACCAGUUGUUUCCAGAAAAGUUUGCAAAAAUGUAAAAAAGCUGCUUGUCUGGAAGAACCCAGAACUGGCACAUUAUCAGCUGACGAGCGCUGAGCUGUCCUCGCUGCCCGCCUUCAGCUCGCCUGGAGGGCUGUCCCUUGGUAACAUCUCUGCCUGGCAGCAGCAGCAGCAGCAGCAGCAGCAGCAGCAGCAGCAGCAGCAGCAGCAGCAGCAGCAGCAGCAGCAACAACAGCAGCAGCAGCAGCAGCAGCCGCCGCAGCAGCCGCAGCAGCAGCACCUGGUCCCGGUGUCACUAGGAAACUUAAUACAAGGGAGUCACUUGUCCCACACCACCACUUUGACUGUCAACACCAACCCCAACAUCAGCAUCAAGUCCGAGCCUGUCUCGCCCAACCGGGAGAGGAACACUGCCACCCCGCUCAGCACCUUCCCCCACCAGCCCCGGCACGAGCCCACCGGCCGCUCGCCCGUCGACAGCCUCAGCAGCAACACCAGCUCCUACGAGGGCAGCAGCGAGCGGGACGAUCCCGCCCGCCCCGAUUUCGGCUCCUCCCUGGGCCUCCUGCGACCCACCAGCGAGCCCGAGGGGGAGAGCCCCUCCGUAAAGCGCAUGCGCUUGGAUACCUGGGUCACAUAACGGGUCCCCACCACCCCCGGGAGCUCCAGGAGGGGCUGGGAGGGGCAGGGGGGGUAAAACGGGUGAUGGGGAUGGGCUGGGGUUGGGGGGGGGAGUUAUCAUAAACUGCCUGAGAAAUAGCUUUAGGAUUUUGUAGGCAUUCGUUCUAGCGCAGCAGCAGGCGACGCACGCAGUACACACGGCGGGGAGCGGCCGGGGCUGCGGGAACGGGGGGCUGGAGGGGAAUAUCCGAGUCCCCACCAAAACCAGCAGCCCCUCAGGGGUGCUCCCCUGCGGGCAGGCGGGCCACGCUGGCCGGCAGGACCCCCGGGACGUGGGGCCGCAGCCCUAGGGCGGAGCGGGAUGGGCUCGGGGGCAGGCGGGGCACAGAGCACCCCAAAAUGCACCUUCCUGGCCAUUGCCGUGGGCCCCGGUGCAGGGAGGGGCACUUCAGACAUGAGGCAGCUCUCUGGAAGCUUCAAGGGCUUUGGUAGGAGCAGGUUUUCCUGCAGAAGGGUUUUCCUCCAGCAGUUUUCCUAAAGCAGAUUUCCUGAAGGCGGAGGGCGGUCGGAGAGCCCAGAUCUGAUACAGAGCAGGAUGCAGCCACGUCCACAGCCUGCUUGAGGCUCCUGCAUCCUACAUGGGGAGUAAGAGGCAGAUUUUUAAAGCUUAAUCCACGACAAGUGGAUGCAGACAGCAUCCUUGCUACCAGAGCAGGGAACUGCUCUGUUCCUGAGCAGGGUCAUUGGAACGCUGGAGUUCCUGUUCCCCAGGAUGGCUUCACCUCCACCUGGGCACAGCAGUUUGUGGAGAGGGGAUGUUAGUGCUGGUUUUGAGAGCAGGUUGUGGAUUUUAGCUAACAAUGGCCAUAAAAGCAUUUUAGAAAUGUGUUCUCAUUGCACAUGGGCCAAAGUUUUAAAUCAGGAAAGUGGGAAGGGAUGAUUUUUGUACUGAAAGAUGCAGCUGAAGUAAUGAUCCUAAUGAGAUUUUGCCUGAAGGUUUCUAGGCCUCAGGAGGCAACAGUGAGCUGUGCAGAAAAUCUCCCUGAGCCCUGAGCAGUGCUUCAGUGAAAGGAAAAAGGAAAAACCAGGGAAUUUCCUCAUGUUGCCACUUGCUCUGGCAGUUUCCAGGGAUGGGUGUCGGUGCCCUGAUCCCAAAAUGCAUCAGCCUGCUCACGGCUGGAGGGUUUGGAGGAGAAGGGGCCGUUCCUGGCUGGCGUAGCCACCAGGGAUGGGCUUUCUCCCUGCAGGUGCUCAUGCUGGUCCCCAUCCAGCCUGCUGCCCUGUCACCCUGUGCAGGGCCACCCCAGCCCCACUCAGCCCUGGGCUUGCAGUCCCAAACUGGCACAAAACCUGCCCGGAUGCCACCUUUGCCUGGAGCCUGGCCAGCCUUGGGGGGCUGUGGAGGAGCUGGGAGCUGCCUGGGGCUUGGCUCGACCCUGCGACAGAGCAAAGGGAGAGGAGCUGGGUUAGGGUGGGCUUUAUCCCCCUCCUGGAUCCCUCUGCCGGGUGUCAGCAGCCAGCUCAGCCCUGGAACGAGGCAGAUGGCAUAAAAACGUUCCAGGAUGAGGGCAAACCAGAAGCAAAUUUAUGGGGUUUGGUAAACUUUUUGCAACCAAGCAUUUAUCACAAAGUUUCUAAUUGGAAAAAGGAGACAAAAAAAAAAAAAACCUGAUGAUUAUUGUGAAAUGAAUAGGGCGGCCUGAAGGGAGUGGUUGGAGGAGGAGAGGAAAUCCCUCAGAAGUUGGGUGAAAAUUGGGAGCUGGCUGUGUGUGGAGGCCUGAGGAGGGGUCAGGGUGGUGGGUGCUCAGCAGUGCCGGCGUUCUGGGUACCCUCACCAACAUCCCUGCUGUGGAUCAAGGCACGGAGAGACGUGCCAGGCAAAAUCCCCCCCUCCACACCUCCAAAGACCAAAUUUCUGCCGUGAAGGCUUCUCCAAAUGACCGUUUUAUUCCUUUCCAACCAUCAACUUGGAAUUCCCUCUCCUGUUCCCGUGCUCUGGCUAGGCGAGAGGAGGACAGGAGCCCUGGCAGGUUUUUGUGCAGUUCGACCCCCCGUGUGCCCUCCCCGAGCCAAGCCCAGCGGGCAGCAGGGCCUCCCCUCCGGAGUGCUGGCAGAGGCGGAUCUGCUCCUCGCUCCAUCCCUGGCAGCCCCUGGGGAAGCAGGAGAGAUGCUGAGGACCGUGGUCUUCCUCGCCUGCGCCGACGCGGCCACGCCGGAUGUACGGGACGCGCACCUGAGCUCUUUGCACGGCCUUGCUUUGGAAAUUAGGCGGGAUAAUGACGUCUCAUCGCUCUCGUUUUUUUUGUAUUUUUUGGGGUUUUUUGUUCUGUUUUUCCUUCACAAAACAAUAAACUCAACCCAACGGAGCGGGGUCGGCCCCGCCGGGAGCAGCGUGGCAGGAGGGCCCAGCAGAGACCUCGGCCAGGAGCCGGCAGCGGACACCCCCGGCACUCAGCGCAGCCGUCAAGGGGGGGCAAAAAACCAAAAAAAAACCCAAAAAAGCCCAUUUUCGCUCACGAACUUCACGCCCUGACUCCCGAGUUGACACUGCUGCCUGGAAGCCGGGAGCCUGGAAGCCGCAGAAGGCAGGAGACAAGGCUGGGUGGCGUUCAGGUCUGCCCGGGGCGGAUCUGCAGCUGCGGGACUCCGGCACCCCCCGGCAAGUAGGGCUCGUGGGGAGGCUUCACCUCGCUGCCACGGCGCUUCGGGGCUGCUUGUGGGGCUCUGCAUUUUCUGGGGGCUUGGGGUUAUUUUAUUAUUAGAUUCUAUUUUUUUUUUUUUUUUUUUUUUUUUUUUUUUUUUUUUUUUUUUUUUUGUCCGGGUCAUUAUCCUUUAUUCCCCUCCCACCCCCCCCUAGACUGUAGUAUCUGGUAAACUCCUCCUAAUUUUCAAAAGACAACGAGAAGAAUGACAAUCUUAAGAAACCAACACCCUCCUUUGUGCUUCUAUAAAUAUGUUUCUGAUCUAAUUUUAUUUCUCGUGCUCAUCUGUACUGUUGACAGUUACAAUUGUGUAUAAUUUUUUUUUUUAAUUUGGAAUUUUUUUGCGUUGUAUAGGGUUUAGUUUUAAAAUAUAUAUAUAUAUUUUCCAUUUUUUAAAAAGGGGUGUUGCAAAAAAAAAUUGCACGAUUUAAAUGACAAUAGUUAAAAUGCUGCAGUUUUUAGAGAUGUGGAAGCAAAAUGGAGCUUAUUUAUUCUCAAAGGCUAUAAAGGUGUAAAAUGCA